GUGAGAACACAAAACGGUGUGAACUGUUGGAGCAUGUCAACAUUAUUUUGAGUUUCUUAGUUGCGGCAUAUAUUUUAACAUAAACGCUUAAUUCCGGACUCAGAAGACGACAUCAUCAGGAGGUUAAACGGUUGUCAGAUUUAUUAGGAAUACUUUGAGGCGUUUAUGUUUCUGUUCAGAGUAAUAAACUAGCUAAAUUUAGCUUAUAACGGUGCUAACUUAGCUUGUUUUGGCAUCCUUUACUGGCUGCGCUGCUGAAUUUACGGUUUUAUAGCCAAACACACAUUGACCAGUCAGAUUUAAUGAUAUGUUACUGUGCUUUAGUUGACACCAAGAUGUUAGGCACUUCCGUUUCUCUGCAGCCCCGUGGCAGACAGUGAUGUUUAGGCUGACUGGUCUUUUCAGAGCAGCACGCAGGACCGUCUGCAGCGCCGCCGACGACAUGGCGAAGGGCAAGUUUUUCUACGCAGUAAAGAAAGGAUUCAAACCAGGAGUCUACAGUUCAUGGGAUGAAUGUAAGAGCCAGGUGGACAAAUUUCCAUCCGCUUCUUUCAAGAAGUUUGCUUCAGAGAAAGAUGCUUGGGCGUUCUUCAGAGGAGUCGAACCUUCUGCUGUUCCUGAGGUGAAGAAAGUGACUCAGGUUGAGGAGCCAGCAGUCACUCUGCUUCCCAAAAGGGGCCCAGAGCCUCUGGAGUACAUCCCUCUUGGUAAGAAGAGAUGUCACUCAGAGGAGGAGGCGGAGUCUCAUCCCAAACGAGUUAAACCGUCAGAAAGCUUGUCUUCGGAAAGCACAGAUGGAUUCACAUACAUGGGUGAUGCUGUGGUCGUUUACACCGACGGUUGCUGCUCUGCCAAUGGACAGAAGGGCGCCCGAGCCGGCAUCGGCGUGUACUGGGGCCACAACCACCCACUGAAUGUUGCUGAGCGGCUGCACGGAAGACAAACCAACCAGCGUGCAGAAUUACAGGCAGCCUGCAAAGCGCUGGAACAAGCCAAAGAGAUGAACAUAAAAAAGUUGGUACUCUACACUGACAGCAAGUUCACCAUCAAUGGUGUGACCAGCUGGGUGAAGAACUGGAAGCUGAAUGGUUGGAGGCUGAAAUCUGGAGGUGAGAUCACCAACAAAGACGACUUUGUGAUGCUGGACAGACUGAAUGCUGAGCUGGAGGUGGUCUGGGUAUCUGUAGGUACUUUUUGCAGUCUAGCGCCAUCUGCUGUGAGGCAGCGACUGAACUGCCAUGAAAAGUCACACAAACACUGAGAAUGAUGACCACAAGGGGUGCUGGAGCUACACUACAUUCAGAUAUAUACAUUUUCUUUUUUACCUGGUGAAAGUUUAAAAUAAAACAAUGGUUGCACAUUCUGCCCUGAAAAGAUUUGGUCCUUUUUGUUUUCUUUUUCAUGUGUUACGCAUGCUCCUUUAUACAGAAUAUGAAACUUUACACUUAAUGAUGGUGGACAGCACUCAUAAAGUACGAGACGGUGAAGUAGAAGUUAUGUGGCGUGACCUCGGAGAGGAAAUGGGCCACGUCCGUUCAUGUUAUGUGUGAUGUAAAGAUGUGAAAGAUUCAAGACUGUAAGGAAUAAAAUUAACAUAAUGCAGCACCAUUUUCAUCACAUUUGAGCUUAAUUACCCUAAACAGUGGACUUCAGCUGGCUCGAGGUAAUGGAUUUUUUUUCAGGCGCUUCUCUGUUUUUAAGUACGAAGUCAGAUAUAUUGGUGCCUUGGGAGAAAUAAUAAGUAAGUCUCCUUAUUUUACACUAGGACUUGAAUGUUGAACUCGAAUCAGAAACCUGUAACCUUUUUUCUUU